CGUCGAUGGUGAAAGUUUGUCUUGAGUUAUUUUGUCUUGCCUCUUUGUUGAGGAGGAGGGAGGACAGGAGGGGAGAGAGGGAGAGAGUGAAUCCGAAAGGGCGGGGUUUCUCUCCCCCCCCUGUCGCUUUAAUAUGGAUCUAUAGCCGGUUUCUGUUCAAUGGUCACCGACAGGGAGGGUUGAGGGGCAGUACUUGAUUUAGGAAGCGUUUUGUCCUCACGGAGCAGAGCUGAGACGCAGUUUUUUCUCCCCUAAGAGCUGGGCUAUUUGGGGCAGUCAGUCUGAAGUGGCAACCCAGACAGCGGGAGACACGGCAACGAGCGCACAUACACACAUACUAACCAGAACCUGCGCUCUGCUUAAGUGGAUGCGUGCAACAGAUUUCUCUCCGGCGAACAGAGAAGAUAUUGUGGGGUUGGUCACAUUUUCAACAGAUUUCAGUGUGUAUCUCCUGCGUUUUUAACCAAACAGUGUGACAAUCUCUGUGAGAAUGCUUUUUAACCGAUAACUUUGGGCACAACAAAGCAAUUUGGUCUCAAAAACGUUUUUUUUUCUCUCGAUUUAAGUUCCCUGAACGUAAAGGAGAAGGACUACAAACAUGGAUAUCAACAGGAACUGCGCGUUUAUUUUUAUAAGAACAUUGAAACUUCUUGUGGUGAUGACACUGGCCCAACAUGUUACUGGUAAGACACUUAAGUAUCAGGUUUACGAAGAACAAAAGGUUGGAACUGUUAUUGCACGACUAAAAGAGGAUGUAGCUGAUGUUUUAUCGAAACUUCCCAGCUCAGUAGCUUUGCGUUUCAAGGCAAUGCAAAGAGGGAGCACACCCCUACUGUCUGUGCGCGAACAAGACGGCGAGAUCAGCAUCAGGUCAAAAAUAGACAGAGAAAAACUGUGCGAGAAAAAUGUGAACUGUUCUAUCGAAUUUGACGUGUUGACCCUCCCUACGGAACAUUUGCAGUUGUUCCACGUCGAAGUACAAAUACUUGACAUCAAUGACAACGCUCCUCAGUUUUCGCGGUCAGUAAUUCCUAUAGAGAUUUCUGAAAGUGCGGCUGUAGGCGCACGGAUUCCCUUGGACAGCGCAACGGACCCUGAUGUCGGAGAUAACUCUCUUAACACAUACUCUCUGACCCCAGCGACGGACUUUUUCAUGAUUGAUAUCCUCACACGAACCGACGGUGCCAAAUAUGCAGAGCUCGUUGUGCUUAGGGAAUUGGACAGAGAGACACGGUCAAGCUAUGAACUUCAAUUAAUAGCCUCGGAUAAGGGCGUUCCCCCCAAAUCUGGCUCAACGCUCCUCAAAAUCAACAUUGCGGACUCAAACGACAACAACCCUGUCUUUGAGAAGCCAUCUUAUGUGAUUAAUUUAUUGGAAAAUUCACCUCUCGGCUCCAUGAUAAUUGAUCUGAACGCCACAGACCCUGACGAGGGCACCAAUGGAAAAAUUGUCUAUUCUUUCAGUACUCAUGUUUCCCCGAAAAUUCAGGAGACAUUUAAAAUUAACUCAGACAGUGGGGAACUGACUGUGAUUAAAAAGAUUGACUAUGAGACCACCAACUCUUUUGAUAUUGAUAUUCAAGCACAAGACCUUGGCCCCAAUUCAAUGCCAGCACACUGUAAGGUCAUCAUCAAAGUUGUAGAUGUGAACGACAACAAGCCAGAGAUCAGCAUCAAUUUAAUGUCACCAGGAAAUGAGGAAGUGGCAUACAUAUCUGAAGGUGCGUCUGUGGACACUUUUGUUGCCCUGGUGAGAGUGGAUGACAAGGACACCGGGCUGAAUGGAGAGGUGACAUGUAGGCUUCAUGGGCAAGGACACUUCCGGCUCCAGGAGACCUACGAGAAAAACUACAUGAUACUGACCGAUAUCACUCUGGACAGGGAGAAGAGGUCAGAGUACAGCCUCACAGUGAUCGCAGAGGACCGUGGUUCACCCAGCCAGUCCACCAUCAAACAUUUCACAGUGCAGGUCCUGGACGAGAAUGACAACGCACCACAGUUCGAAAAGAGCCUCUACGAGGUCUUCAAGCCAGAGAACAAUCCGCCAGGGGCAUACCUCACCUCUGUGGUGGCCGUGGACCCUGACCAGGGCCUCAAUGGCCAGGUGAGCUACAACAUCUUGGAAAGCUUGGUUGAGGGCAGUUCUGUCUCCACCUACGUGACCGUGGAUCCAUCCAAUGGUGCUGUUUAUGCACUCCGCUCAUUUGACCGUGAGGACGUGAGCCGAGUUGUCUUCACCAUCCUGGCCCAGGACGCUGGAAACCCAGGCCUGAGCAGUAACGUUACCAUGGUGCUGACACUGUUGGACGAGAACGACAACCCGCCCUUCAUCGUCUCCCCCCAGCUAUGGAACCACACAGCCGAUGUGCCUGUCUCCCGCUACACCGCUGCAGGCCAGGUGCUGACCACCAUCCGGGCCACGGACAAGGACGCCGGAGCCAACGGCGAGCUCACCUGCAUCAUUGUUGCUGGCAACGAGGCCGGCUACCUCACUAUGGAGGCCAACACGUGUGAGAUCCGUGCCAACAUCAGCGUGGAGCAGAUACCUGUGGAUCACAUGGAGGUUACAGCUCUGGUUCAGGAUAAGGGGGCAACGCCACUGACCGCCAGAGCUGUGCUGAAGUUCACCAUCUACGAAAACAUGGACAGCUCCAUUCACACGCACACAGCUGACGGGGGGGAGGCCUCCCUUGACGUGUCCCUGAUCAUCAUCAUCUCUCUGGCGGCCAUCUGUGCUAUGCUCCUUACCAUUAUGGUGGCCUUUGCGGUCCGCUGUGGCCGUGAGAAGAAAGACACUCAUUCCUACAACUGCCGGGUGGCAGAGUCCACCUACCAGCAUCACCCCAAGAAGCCUGCCAGGCAGAUCCACAAAGGCGACAUCACUCUAGUGCCCACAGUCAAUGGAACCCUACCCAUCCGGGCACACCACCGCUCUCCGGCAGAUUCGCCCGUGGCAGAGAGGGCACAAAUGAGCAGUCGGCAGAGCCACCAUAGCCGCCAGUCGCUCAACAGCCUGGUUACCAUUUCAUCCAAUCACAUCCCAGAGAGCUUUGCCUUGGAACUGGCCCAUGCUACCCAACCUGUGGAGCAAGUCUCACAGCUUCUGUCAAUGCUCCAUCAGGGCCACUACCAACCAAGACCAAGUUUCCGAGGAAAUAAGUACUCAAGGAACUACAGGUAUGGCCUCCAAGACAUGGAUAAGUUCAGCCUUAAGGACAGUGGGAGGGGGGACAGCGAUGCGGGGGACAGUGACUGUGACAUGGGUCGGGAGUCUCCGAUUGACCGUCUCCUCGGCGAAGGAUUCAGUGACCUCUUUCACAUGGAUGGCCACCAGCGACUCCACCCAGCAAUGAGAUUGUGCACUGAAGAGUGUCGCAUCCUGGGCCAUUCCGAUCAGUGUUGGAUGCCCUCCGUCCCAUCCCCAGCCUCUACCUCCUCUGACUACCGCACCAACAUGUACAUCCCAGGGGAGGAGUCCUCGCAGGAAGCCCUGGUGGAGGACGACCAGCAGUCUGUGGACUCCACUGGUGAUCGCAAGAAGAGCUUUUCCACCUUUGGCAAGGAGUCCGAGGAGGACUGUGGGAUGGGAGGCUCUCUCCUCUCAGAGAUGAGCAGCGUGUUCCAGCGCCUCCUGCCUCCAUCCCUUGACACGUACGGGGAGUGCAACGAGAUGGCUGAACGCACUAUUGCCAUGGAGAACCACCGGGGCUUCCUCCCUGGCAAGUUGUCAUCCUCCUCUUCCACGUACCCGCAGGGUGUGGCUGCCUGGGCUGCCAACACGCACUUCCAGAACCCGAGCAACACGUCAGCCAAUCACGUGGCGACCCCGACACACGGGCCAACCAAUCACGUGACGGCCACCACCCAGACGCACCUGAAAUGGCUGCCGGCUAUGGAGGAGAUCCCAGAGAACUACGAGGAGGACGAGCUGGACAGCAUGCUCGGGCACCUGCAAGGUAAACGCAGUGACAGUCGCCACGAGGUCACCAUGGACGCCGGCGAGCUCGUUGCCGAGAUCAACAAACUCUUGGUCGAUGUCCGUCAGAGCUAGACGACUCCCGAUCCAAAAACAAAACAAACCUGUUAAAUGUGACAUGGCCCCCUUUAUCUUUCUGUUUCCCUCCCCGACUCUUUUAUUUGAUCCGAGGGUGAUGAACUCAGAGAGAAAAAAGCACUGUAUCAGACAUUCUGUGGCAUUGAUAUUGUGAAAGUGUGUGUAAGUACUAGUUACUUGAAAAUGGCUUUGUUUCUUACAUUUCUUUAUUUUGGUAUUAAGUGUACACAUUGUGAUUGUAUUUUAACAAUACAUUUUUUUUACACAAUAUUUAUAUAUGUAUAUGUAUGUUUGUAUAUAUUACAAAAGCAAACAAAUGUCUAUUUUUAUAUUUUUCUGCAUGUCAUCAAAGAAGUGUUACUUUUGUGUGUGUGUGUGUGUAUGGGAGUAUAUACAAACAAAAAUAUUUAUAAAUAAGAGUGUUGCUCCAUGAAAGGAUGAGAAACAGUGUUUGUAUUGAGAUGUGUUUGAUCUCUGUGUGCUAGCAAUGCCUGUAUUGUGACUGCUAGCAGAGAAGUGGUGGAAGAAAACAACCACACCACAAACCUACUGGAUGUUUUUUAAUAUUAUUUCAGUGUCCAACUAUUGCCCAUUUGUCUGUUCGUCAACAAAGAGCAAGAGUGUAAAAAAAAGCUUGAAAAAUAUAGAUACUGAGACCUUUCCAACUGUAAAUGCCUACCUUUUAGGUUAUUUAUUUGUUUGCCACAAUACAAUCCAUGUGCCUCCUA